CGUUCCCAACGGCCAAUCCCACUGUCCCCACUUGUAUUCUUACAUCAUCUUACACGACUCGCUCAGUUACAUGGCCAUCACUUUUGACUACGUCACGAUGAUAACAUUGCGUUGCUUACAUUCACUUACAUUCUUGUAGGUUUAGCAAGUUGUGACUUUAUAGCCAAGUGUUUGAUAAUUUGCGUCAGUCGACGUCCGAUUAUGCUCUGGUGUAGACGCGGCAGUGGAGGCGCAUCAGCAGUAUGUAUGUAUUUCUUUCGACACUGUUAGUGCUCGUACAUCUCUUUUAUAAGUUGUACGAUACGAUCCGCAACGCAUGCGACGCGGUGCAUCGGAGAUGCACGAAGCUCUGGUGCGCGAGCACGACGGCGGAGCUCGACACGUUGUUCCGCACGUUUACCAGCACGGACAAGAUACCCAGGCACCUGGUGAUCGUAUUUGGACAUCUCGGACUAUGCGGCGAGUCUAUUCUGGACUGUGUGCGUUUAAUUGGAUGGUGCAUUACACUUGAUAUACCUCAAAUCAGCUUCUUUGAUUGUAACGGUUUCUUGAAGAAGAAUGAAUUUAUUCUUAAAGAAGAAUUCGCGAGAAAGCGACCUGAUCUAAUAGAGUGUAUUACUUGGAAUCCACAUGCACGUCAAAAUGGAGUAAUUGAAAGCAAGUCAAAAAUGAAUGUAUCAUUACUAUCGAAUAUAGAUAGUAGAGGAAAAAUAGCAACAUUGGCGCAAUCAUUAGCAAAAAUUAUGUCUUCGAAGAAUCUUGAUCGAGAAAAAAUCACGAUUGAACUAAUCACCGAAGAAUUACGUAUAAAAGGGCCUGAUCCCGAUCUUGCUUUAAUAUACGAUCACUCUUGUUCCACGCAUGGUGUACUACCAUGGCACACAAGAACGACCGAAUUUUUAAUGUUGCCGCUGUACGUUAGUAUCCCAGUGAGAAAGUUCACGUGUCUGUUGGAGAAGUAUAACAAAUGUGUACAACGGCAUGGUAAAUGACAUGUAAUUAUUCUUAUUUAUACAAGAGAUAUCGCGUUGCAAUAAGAAGAAAUAAAUUAUCGUAAAAACUGAA